AUGUACUGUUCGUUUAACUGGCCACCUUCUUCUAUGACGUCACAUUACGCGCUGCCCGUUAAUUGGAUGGCAAUUGCACCUCCUACGACGUGUUACAUCAUGUGUUGCCGGGCCGGACAGCGCGAAGCGACGACGUCUUUUUGUUGCAAGAGAUGCCGCAGACGAGGCGCGGGGGAAAAUUCGCACUCAUGUUUUUUUAAAAUUUAUCCAUUUGUUCCGUCUAUUUCAUUUCAGUAUCAAUUAUUUCCUUUUCUUUUUUUCUCAUUUUUCAUUCUAACUUCCCAAUUAAUAUCUUUCCCUUCUUCCAUUCCUCUUUCUUCCUUUUUCUUUCUUUCUUUCUUUCUUUCUUUCUUUCUCCUUUUCUCUUUAUAUAUAUUUCUCUCUAUUCCUGACAUUAUCUUUCUCUCCAUUGCCAUCUCUCUCUCUCUCUCUCUCUCUCUCUCUUUCUUUCUUUCUCUGUCUAUUUCUUUCUCUUUCUCUUUCUCUCUGUCUCUCUGUUUCCGUUAUUAUCUUCACUUUCUUUUCUUCCAAUUUUCGCUAUUUCUCUUUGUCUCUGUCUCUCUCUUUGUCUCUCUGUUUCUGGCUCUCCACCUAUUUACCACUCCAUUGUCUUAUUUCUUUCUCUCUUUUUUUUUCUUUGAAUCUUUCUUUCUUCCUUUGUGUCCCCUAAUCCUUUUUCUUUCUUUCUUUCUUUCUUUCUUUCUUUCUUUCUUUCUUUCUUUUCCUUGA